GUUGCUAGGCGACUCGUUGCGGCUCCGUUUAGAUCUCUGCGGAUAAUAACAGCGGUAGUUUAUAGUUUACAGGCUCCGCUGCUGUUUACUGAGAUCUUUAUUAACUCUAGUCAGGUUUACUAACUCAUAUCUGUGCUACAAUGACAGAAGAACCGACACAUGUGGAGAACAGAGCUGGAAGAUGUAUGUUACACAACUGGACGGAAGAGAGGGCUGUUGCUGCUCUGGACUCUGAGUCCUGCAGACAGAUCCAGAAACAGGGCCACAGAGGGAUCCUGAGCCUGGACCAGGACUCCAGGAUGGAGAGCGUUACCACGGUGACCGCUACCUUCGUCCCUCCGAGGGGCCCGGGGGUCCGGCUGAGGGGAAUCAGAGGAGAGCUGCUGGAGAAACACGUCUCACACAUCAUCAGAGAGCAGAUCCAGUCUGAGAUGAAUCCUCCGGCUCCUAAACCAGACUUCUGCUCCACCACCAGGACUGACUUCUGUCUUUCUGGGUUCGUGGCUCGGACCCCUCCAGCUACACAACUCCAUGAUUAUAAAAGUGAUCCGGCUGUGACCUUCUGGAGUGAAAACGUCCAGCGAGUUCAGGGUGUGACCGCUGCUCCGACCCUCAGAACUCCUUUUAACAGGUCUGCAGCGUUCAGCACGCCGCUGGAGCAGCAGCUGGACCAACCAGAGCUGCUUCAUCACUCCUCUUCAUCACAUUAACCCUCUGCAGUUUGGGGAUAUUUUGGCCGUUUUUGACUCUUUUUCAUUCUGCCUGUUUAUAUAAACAACUUAAACAUCUUCACCAGGACGUGUUGGUGUCAUUGUUUUCACCACAACUUCACCUAUAUGACCUGAUUAUUAUUGUUUUCACCACAACUUCACCUAUAUGACCUGAUUAUUAUUGUUUUCACCACAACUUCACCUAUAUGACCUGAUUAUUAUUGUUUUCCCCACAACUUCACCUAUAUGACCUGAUUAUUAUUGUUUUCACCACAACUUCACCUAUAUGACCUGAUCAUUAUUGUUUUCACCACAACUUCACCUAUAUGACCUGAUCAUUAUUGUUUUCACCACAACUUCACCUAUAUGACCUGAUCAUUAUUGUUUUCACCACAACUUCACCUAUAUGACCUGAUCAUUAUUGUUUUCACCACAACUUCACCUAUAUGACCUGAUCAUUAUUGUUUUCACCACAACUUCACCUAUAUGACCUGAUCAUUAUUGUUUUCACCACAACUUCACCUAUAUGACCUGAUCAUUAUUGUUUUCACCACAACUUCACCUAUAUGACCUGAUCAUUAUUGUUUUCACCACAACUUCACUUAUAUGAACUGAUUAUUA